AUUCGUUGCUCCGAUUUGAAACGCAAUGAGGCAAGACUUUACUUUCUAACACACAAAGCUACGUUUACGCGUGUUACUGAGACAUUAAGCGUGCAGUAAAUAAACUCUGGUCUGUUAAGUGAAGAAAGGCAACGAGUUCACUUGUGUGGUCGUGAGGCGUGAUCGGCAAGAUUCGCUAAGGAGUGAUAUCGAUUUGAAGUUGUUGUUUUUUAAGAAGAUUGAGCAACAGGAAAACAAAGAAUGAAGAUUUUAUUGUGGUUCGAAACAACAUUCGGUCUUUUGAUGCUUUCUGUGCAAAACUCCGUUGCUCAACUCAACAGCAUUCUUUCUGUACCUCCUGACAUUCACGAUUUUGGUGGGUCCUCAGAAUGUGCUUUAGUCUUGCGCAGAACAUACCUCGAUGGUCGAAGAAAGUCUGCAGCGCCCUCAUAUGGAGGCUUUUUUAACCUUCUGAAACCAGGCCCAAUACAUCACAAUGGACCAACCGAAGAAAUCUGUAUAAGAUACACAGAUGUCAACUUGGCAUUAGCUGAAGCGAAACGGCGGAAAGGACACAGAACGCCUCGAACAAUCCAGUCCCUCGAGCCACAUCCAUCAGAUAUAGGAAUUACAGGAGAAUUAGUAUUGGAGACUACCCGUAUUCUAGCACUUCAAUUUAAACUGUCACGAGAUGAGGUAAUGAACGGUCUUCCUAUGAUUGAUACUUCUCGCACUGACAUCUGGGAAAUUUGUCCUGCGCACGUGAAGCCCGUGCCAUGUACUAUUGAAAGGCACAGAUCAUACACAGGGAUAUGUAACAAUGUGCAGCAUUCCAGUUGGGGUUCAACUCAUACCCCUUUUGUCCGCUUCCUCCCCCCUGCCUAUGUUGAUGGAAUCUCAGUUCCACGCAUAUCGGUAUCAGGAGGACCGUUACCACCAGCUCGUGUAAUUAGUUCGCAUAUUCAUCCAGACGUAGACUUCCCCAGUAAUGAGCUUUCCGUUCUCGUCAUGUCUUGGGGUCAAUUUAUUGACCACGACAUGACCCUUGCGGCAGUACCUAGAGACGAACGUGACUUGGACUUUAAGUGCUGUGGAAUCCCUAAAGAGAUCCAGCAUCCCAACUGUAUGACAAUCGACAUACCACCCGACGAUCCAUUCUAUUCCCGUUAUGGUCAACAAUGUAUGGAAUUUAAGCGUCUGGAGGCUGGUCAAAGACCCGGAUGCACUCUCGGCCCGAGAACCCACAUCAAUCUGGACACAUCACCCCUUGACGCUAAUUUUGUGUACGGUUCAACGGAAGAUCUUGCCCACAAACUCCGCCUAGGAAAAGGAGGAGAAGAUCCUCUUCGUACUCUCCUGCGACAGCCCUACAUCGUAUACGAACCCGGGAAGAUGGACGAAUUGAUCGGCGGGCUUAUUAACACCCCAGCUCAAGUAUACGACCCCUUCAUUACCAUGGAGGUACUUUAUGGAUACAUUCAUUUUAAAUUUGAAGUGAACUAUUUGUCUAUUUCUGUAUCAGAUCUAUUUAAAUCACUGAAGUUUUUGUGUAAACAUUUUGUAAAGUCACUCUUAGUUUCUUUAGCUCUUCUGGUUGUCCAAGAUGGAGGUGACGAACGAGUUAACGAACAAAUCCACCUCACCGUCCUUCAUACUCUCUAUGUUCGCGACCACAACCGAAUUGCCAUCGAACUUGGCCGACUAAACCCGCACUGGGACGACGAAAGAAUUUACCACGAGGCGCGACAUAUUAUGGCAGGCUCUGUGCAGCAUAUUACAUUCAAUGAGUUCCUUCCAAUGACAGUUGGCGAGGAGAUGGUCCACAAGUAUAAUCUCACUCUAAAUCCGGAGUUUUGUGAUAUAUCCAGACACCCCGAUGAUAUUGAUCUUUGGAGUGGAGGAAUUUCGGAGUACCGCCUACGGGGAGCAAUGAUUGGUCCAACGUUUGCCUGCAUCAUCGCUCGCCAGUUUGACAAUGUAAGACGAGGUGAUCGAUUCUGGUACGAGAAUUCCGGUUUCCCAUCUGCAUUUACUCCAGAACAACUCCAGGAGAUAAGAAAAUCGUUCCAGUCCAAACUCAUAUGCGAAAAUGCCGAUGAUAUUCCUACUAUUCAACUCUAUGCUAUGCGGCUCCCUCACCCCAUCUACAAUCCUCGACUGCCUUGCAAAGAAAUUCCUUCCAUAGACCUGCGUUACUGGCAAGAAGACCCCGUGCACGGUGGAUACACGUUCAAGAAGUAGUCCUAACGUGGCGACCAGAUUUAGGCAGCCGAUCGUUGCUCCAUCUAUUGGUGAAAUGAUGAGUGGGGAUGCGGAAGCCCACAUGUUAUUUCCUUCGUCCAUUACCGCUGACCAUUAAUAGAGACUGUGACCAGAGAGCUUUCCUUUGUUGUGAACCCGAAAGCAGAACCAAGUUGUUCAUAUUUUCGUGUUAUAAUAUCUGUGUUGGUUUGACUUCUGUUUCCUUUCUUCUUGGGUUAUCUUAAUUUGGGUGUUUUGGCGGGGAAGUAUAAAAGGUUUUGUAUAAAAGUAUAUGUACUCAUAUGUGGACAUUUUAAUCGAUAUAAAUUAGUCUAUUUUUUUAAACAUGUUGUUGCAAGUAAACUUUGGCACCUAAAAAAAUAUCCUGAUAUAUCCCCCCACCCAUAUCCUGCUGGCCACAUCCUACUCGAUGACGUCACAGAUUUCGUCUGAUGGCAUGCUAUAAGUUUAAAUUUUAUCUGUAAAUAAUAAAAUUCUUACUUGCGGUGUCUGACAAUUAUUGAUAGUAUUUCUAUACCGUCUGACUUUCCCUUUUGUAUGUUGUUAAUUUUUUUGGAGAGUGGGGUGGGGGGAGACGGAACUGACAGUAAAACAAUCAGUCAUUUUUAGAACUUUUUUUUCCAUGAAUUGAUGCUGGAUGUUCUUUAAGAGUAAAUUCAUCCUCAAGUAAUUGUAGACAUAUUUUGACUCA